AUCGCUCGCGUCACUACCUACAUCCUGUCCACUCUCUCCCGUGACGCGCAUCAACUCCGCCAGUCCUCUUUAGACACGCAGCGCACCAGACGCGCUUCUGAACAUGCCAUACCGCGUGGAGGAAUCCAAGAAUGCCCGGGCUGGUUGCAAGAAUACCGAGUGCAAGAAAGAAGGUGUGAAGAUUGGGAAGGGUGAGCUCCGCUUUGCGACACAGGUCACCAUCCAGGAGCACACAAGCUGGGCAUACAAGCAUUGGGGCUGCGUGACGCCGGCACAGGUCGCCCACCUUAUCGAGGAGAGCGGAGGCGAUACGGACAUGGUCGAUGGCUACGAUGAGCUUCCUGCAGAACUGCAAGAGAAGGUUGACUUCGCCCUGAAAAACGGGCACGUGCCCGAUGAGGAUUGGAAAGGCGAUAUCGAGUGCAACCGACCUGGUCAAAAGGGCUUCCGUCUCACCGCAGCUCAGAAGAAGAAGCUUGGGAAAGGCGUUGAGGACGACGAAGAAGCUCCCGAGCCCAAGGCAAAACGAGGUCGUGCCAAGAAGGAGGACGAUGAUGAGGAAGGCCCUGCUCCCAAGAAAGCGCGCGGCAAGGGCAAGAAGGCCGCUAAGCAAGAGGAGAAUGAGGAGGAGGCUGCUGAGGAAGUCGAGGCACCCAAGCCCAAGCGUGGCAAGAAAGCAGCCCUGAAGGACGUGGAAGAGCCUGAGCCUUCCAAGGCCAAGCGUAGUCGGAAGGCAGCGCCCAAGCAGGAUGUCAAAGAAGACGACUCUGCCGAGGAGCCAGAGCCGCCCAAGGCCAAGCGGGGCAAGAAGGCUGCAGCCGACAAGGCCGCCCCGCAGAAGAGAAGUGGUAGGAAGAAGGCCGCCGUCAACUAUGAAGAGGAGUAAUUGUUUCGGCUAGACCCGAGAUUUAAGUGCUUGUUAGCAUGGCACCAUACAGGUUCAUAUAAG